CUGAAUGUCCACGGAUGACGAACAGCGAGCUCGUGCGAUGUAUAAAAAGAGAAAUAGCGAGAAAAAUGGAAGGAAAGAAAAGGAAGGUGUGUGCGUGUAUGGCAUAUAUGGUAUAUGCAUGUAUUGUUAGAAAGAGAGGGAGAGAGGUUAGAAGGAGAACGACAAACUCGAGUCGGCGAACCGAAUCCGCUCACCGAUUCCAAAGUCCGCUGGCAGGUUCAGUUGUCUUCGAAUCCCCGAACUGUUCGGACGUAGUUUGGGCCGAGUGGUUUUUUCUAUUUUUUCGUUUUUUAAACUGUUGCACGUUUUAUACAUAUUUUCCCUUUUUCUCGUUUUCUUCUGCUCUUUCUUGUUAUUUUGCGUAUGCGCGUGCACGCGUUACGUUUUCGCGAAUUUCUUAGGGUACAAAACGCGCGAAAUUUAGAUAUUCACGAAAUUAAUUUUGAAUUUAUUGCGCGUUAUUGGUGCUUGAGGUAUUCGCGUGCGUGAAACAAGAGAAAAUCGUACUUUCUCUGUCUUCUGAAAGAAAAGCGAUACGAACUAUAAAAAUUUUGAGACCGAAAAAAAUUGAGAUUUGAAACGUCAUUGACAAGAUUUAUUUAUCGAGCCCUCGAACAAAGCUUUUCUUUCUCCCGUUAGAAGAUCUUUUUGCGAGAACGGCUUACUUGGUUUUAUUACGACGAAGAUCGACGAGAAAGAGACGAAGAAUCGAAAUAGGCAAAUUCUUGCAGAGAGAAAAGGAAUUACACCUUUUAAAACGUAGCUGAAACGUAAAAUGGUGGCUUCGCAGAACGAUGGCGGUAGAAGUGUGGGCGGUGGUGGAAGCGAUACCGUUUACACAGUGACGGUAAGCGGUGUAGGUUAUAGGAACGAAGGUUACAAAGAUGAUGGUACCGAUUGUAUUCCACCGGAGCCUCAAAAACCACCACAGCUACCUCAAACGGAAGAUGAUACUCAAUCGAGGAAAUUUAAACUUUCCCGUGGCGAGAAGUGGCGGAUUUUGAAGAAUAUUGGGACCGUCUCGAUAGCGUUCAUGGUGCAGUUCACGGCGUUCCAAGGCACAGCGAACCUUCAGUCGUCAAUAAAUGCAAGCGACGGCCUCGGUACCGUCUCUCUUUCGGCAAUUUACGCGGCCCUUGUGCUCUCUUGUAUUUUCGUACCGACUUUUCUCAUCAAGAGGUUAACCGUUAAAUGGACGCUUUGUCUUUCGAUGCUUUGUUACGCACCUUACAUCGGUUCUCAGUUUUAUCCAAGAUUUUACACCCUUGUGCCGGCUGGCGUUUUGCUCGGUCUUGGUGCCGCACCUAUGUGGGCAGCAAAGGCUACCUAUCUCACGCAGGUCGGUGGUGUUUACGCAAAACUCACGGACCAACCGGUCGACGCGAUUGUCGUCAGGUUCUUUGGCUUUUUCUUUCUUGCUUGGCAAACCGCAGAACUCUGGGGAAAUCUUAUAUCUUCGUUGGUCUUGAGCGAGGGAGAAUUCGGUAGCAGUAGUGGCAAUAGUACGACUAGCUGGAACAAGAUAAAGCUCUGUGGUGCCGAAUUUUGCGUUCUUGGUAAUGGAGCGCACGAAAACUUAGAGAGACCCCCGGAAUCGGAGAUUUACGAAAUUUCCUCGAUCUAUUUGACAUGUGUCAUCGUCGCGGUGAUCAUCGUCGCUCUUUUCGUCGAUCCUCUAUCAAGGUAUGGGGAGAAACAACGGCGUGCUGAUAGUCAGGAGCUCAAUGGUAUUCAGUUGCUCUCCGCGACUGCUUAUCAAUUAAAGAAACCUUAUCAACAGUUACUAAUACCCAUCACGGUAUGGAUCGGCAUGGAGCAGGCCUUCAUCGGCGCCGAUUUUACUCAGGCAUACAUCUCUUGUGCUCUAGGCGUUCACAAAGUGGGAUACGUGAUGAUCUGCUUUGGAGUGGUAAAUGCAGGAUGCUCCUUGCUCUUUGGCUCUCUUAUGAAGUUCGUAGGCAGGCAACCGUUGAUGGCACUUGGUGCCAUAGUUCACGCCUGUCUAAUAGUUGUGCUGCUUCUUUGGAAACCACACCCAGAUAAUCCAUAUGUCUUUUAUUCAGUCUCCGGCCUUUGGGGAGUUGGUGACGCCGUCUGGCAGACACAGGUCAAUGGUCUCUAUGGUACUCUCUUCAGGCGCAACAAGGAAGCUGCGUUUUCGAAUUACAGACUAUGGGAGAGCGCAGGAUUCGUGAUUGCAUACGCGUACAGUACACAUCUGUGCGCCCGCAUGAAGCUUUAUGUUCUAUUGACCGUCUUGAUGAUUGGCACGAUGGGCUACAUAAUCGUCGAACUUCUUCACAGACGUAAACAGAGGAGAUUGAAGGCUAUCGCUGAGGACCCGAAAGCCGCGCAAGCAGAGGCCAAUCAGCCAGAAGAGACAGAUGAUGAAAAGGACGAUCUCGACGACGACAUCAUCAUUACGCAUCUUUGAACCGACACAUCGAUUCGCCAAGUUUAGAUGACGCGAAAAAAAAGGCAUUUUUCUGUCUUUUGUCGCGUUCUCGCCGAGACCGAGGACAAUAGAACAUUUUGAAACAUUUGUGGACGAUGUUGAGUGACCUCGGGCGACCCACUUUCCUCCUUCCUUCCUUCCUUUCUUCUUUCCUUCCUUUCUUCUUUCCUUCCUUCCUUCCUUCCUUCCUUCCUUCCUUCCUUCCUUCCUUCCUCCUCUUCUACUUUUCAUUUUAGAUCUAAUUCAAUUUUCUUUAUUCUUCUAUCAACUCGAAUAUUAAUCCUUUCUCCUUAUCUUAUCGAUGAAAUUAUAUGUAAUAGAGUGAAAAACUACGUGUAUGCAAAAUGAUGUGAGAUGGUCUUUCGCGAUGAAACGAAAGCACCACUUUUCGCGAUUCCUCUUGUCGCAAAGAAGAGUUCAGGAAAGGAACGUUACCGUUUAUUUGUCGUCUAUUUGCUGUUCAUUCGCCAUCCAUUUGUCGUCCAUUGGAGACAUUUUUCCUUCCCAUCAAAUCACCUCGUUUUAAUCAAUAAAGCAAAGACCCAUUUUAUUUCUUAAACAAAUAUCAACAACGUAAUCGACUUAUCGACGGAAUUCUAUUUUGCUUCUUCAAUGAUAGAUGGAAAGAAAGCAAAGAGAAUCUAUCGAAUUCCAAGACGUCCUCGUCGCGACAAAAAAAGAAAAAACACAUUCUUUUCGAGAUCUUGAUCAAAUGGAAAGAAUAAUCGACGUACGUCCCUACCUAUUUAGACAGAUAGAUACAUUCGCAUCAAGAUUCUUCUUUGGUGAAGAUGACUUCUACAAAGAAACCCUUUACGCUCGACUGCUUUUUCCCGCCAGAACGAGAUACCCGUAGAGGAAACUCACGACAAUCCUGUCUUCUGGCGACGGUGCUUCCCUACAUAAGCUACCAUUGUAUCUAUUUAUAGGUAUCGCUAACUACUUAUCCGUCCAAUGUGCGGAGAACCGACUCUGGUCUCCGAACGAAUGCCUUCUUCGUCCUUCUCUUUCUCCCUCUUCCUCGCUCUUCUUUCACCGGCUGAUGGAUACUCAGGCUCGCCCAAACCCGUUCCAUCGUGUAUAAGAGAGAAAGAAAGAGAGAAUAUACAAUUUUCUUACCGACGAUCGUCAGAGUUUAAAUUCCGCGAGCUCCAAGCAAAGGGGGAGAUUUCUCUCUUCAGUGCAUCCUUCUAAAGGGAUUUUAGCUCUUUUUUUAAACGUCUGGCGCGAGACAAGGAUUAUUUUUAGAGUCCGGUUGUGUACCGACGGCACGAAUCACGCUAUCGUUCGUUAUUCAACGAAGGAAGGCAAUCGUUUAUCUUCGUCCGAUUGCCAUAGUUUCUCGUCUUGGAGGUCAGGAACCUUUCUGGGCAUAUUCCAAGGUAGGAAAGGUUUCAAAGUACAACCUCUCAUUUCUCUCGUUAGCAUGCUUCUCGCCAUUCUUCGUCGCUAUCCAUCUUCACAAAAACAUUAAUCACGAAUCCUUCCUUCAACCAACUUCUUCCGAAUUAAAGUCUGAAACUUUACAUGAAUCUCACGGAUUUAAUGCGAUUUAUUGUUCUUUCGGAUCUCUCUAUCUUACUAUUAUUACUUGCAUAUUAUAUAGUAGAUAUACAUCAUUAGAGUUGCGUGAUAUUGAUAAAAAAAAGACAAAGAGAAAACAUCUUUUCGACGUAAGAGUAAGUGUCGUGAUCGACCUUGCAAUUUCUCGGAAAAAGAAUCGAACAGUUCCUUCAUGCUCUUUCAAAUUCCACUUGCGCUUCCUAGCGAAAGAUCAAAAAAAAAAUGACAAUAAAGUAUUCUUUCCUUCAUGGAAGAUAAUAAAUUACUAUUUCGAAAGUAAAAUAAAAAGCAAAGAAAAAUGAUUAUCUGAGACAAUACAAAUUCUCAAUUCAAAGUAUUAUGUGUUUCUCGUCUUCAAACUGAGAUAUCGAAUCGCUUAAAAUUUGCUAUGCGCGAUGACAGACAAUGGAAAUAUGGUCAUUACUGGUAGAAUAUAACAUUGAAAGUCCUACUAAAAAUACGCACAUUACCAUUCUCUCCUUCUUCUCUCUAGUUUCAUCUAUGCUUUAUCUUUUUUCUAUUCUCUUUAUAUAUACAUUUGAUAAAAAACUAGACCACAAAAACUGUAGUUCUUAAGAAGCGCAAGUUCGUUUAAUAAAAAUAAAAUGUGUAGAUAAAUAUAAUAUUAUUAAGGAUAAUAAUUGUAAGAGUGUUCUAAUGAUAAAUGUAAGACGAAGUUAAUACGAUAGCGGAUAAAUAAGCCUUUGUUACUUGCCGGCGAUUAAUGGUCGAUUCGCGAUCAUGUAUCGCAUAAAAAAUAAUGUAGCUCAUUUAUGUGAAAAAAUGAAAACUAGAUCUGCAACAAAAAAACCUCGUUUCUUUGUGUUUUAUAAGAGUCUCUAUAAUAUUUUGUAUAAGUUGAAAACAAAUGUAUGAUUUAAUAAACCAUUUAUCGAUAAA